AUGGGUUUACUGUGGUGGCGGAAGGGGAAGGAUUCUCAACCGGAAGCGAAGUCGUCGGCUGAGAACGCGAAGAAUGGUGGUGCCGCUGUCAAGACUACGGCGGAGGCACCGGGGAUGAACGGUGCAAUGGAAGUUCCUCGACCUAAUACGAGUGUAUCCGUUUUCGAGUUUGGUUCCGUUGCUGGUUCUAACGAUAAGGUUACGCUCGCUGGCUUUUGUCCUGUUUCUGAAGAACUUGAGCCUUGCCGUUGGGAGAUUCUCCCCGCGAUUGAGUCCAACGCGCCGCAGUUUCGGGUUGUUUUCUGA